UCAAUACGAACACGAAGAAGAACAUUUCGCGUCAUCUAUCCGCGGAAGAGGCAAGAACAACAGCAGCUUGGCUACUUUUAAAGCAUUAUAAACAUUUUAUUCAAGGUUGUUUGAAUGCGACAGAGGUAAAUUGUCGAAAUGUUUUCAUUCCAAGUGUUCGACCACCCGAUGACACGAGGUUUUCCAAACCGUUUCUCCACUCAGUACCGAUGCUACUCAGUGUCCAUGCUGGCAGGUCCCAAUGACCGCUCUGAUGUGGAGAAAGGAGGCAAAAUAAUGAUGCCACCUUCAGCACUUGAUCAGCUCAGCAGGCUUAACAUCACAUAUCCAAUGUUGUUCAAGCUGACCAACAAUAACUCAGACAGAAUGACCCACUGUGGGGUUUUGGAGUUUGUGGCAGAUGAGGGAAUCUGCUACUUGCCACACUGGAUGAUGCAGAAUCUGCUGCUGGAAGAAGGUGGUUUGGUCCAAGUUGAAAGUGUUAACCUGAUGGUGGCCACCUACUCUAAGUUCCAGCCACAGAGCCCAGAUUUCCUCGACAUUACAAACCCCAAAGCCGUACUAGAAAAUGCUUUGAGAAAUUUCGCUUGCUUGACAACUGGGGAUGUCAUUGCAAUUAACUAUAAUGAAAAAAUCUAUGAACUGCGAGUAAUGGAGACAAAACCAGACAGAGCUGUGUCAAUCAUUGAGUGCGAUAUGAAUGUGGAUUUUGAUGCUCCACUGGGUUACAAGGAACCCGAAAGACGACCUCAGCAUCAGGAAGAACCGACUGAGGAGGAAGGAGAUCACAGCAGCUACGCUGACAUGGACACAGGAUUCCGAGCUUUCACCGGCUCUGGGAAUCGUUUGGACGGGAAAAAGAAAGGGAUUGAACCCAGCCCUGCACCUAUCGCGCCAAGUGGCAUUAAAAGGGGCAUUCCAAACUAUGACUUCAAAGUUGGAAGGAUCACUUUCAUCAGAAACUCAAGGCCUCAGCCCAAGAAAACUGCAGAUGAUGAUGAUGCCAUGAACAGAUUCAUUGCCUUUUCUGGACAAGGACAAUCACUGCGCAAGAAGGGAAGAAAGCCUUGAAGAACUAAUUUCAAACCAAAAGACUCUUCUGUUCACACAUCUGCUGUAUCUGUCGUCAUCUCAAACUGGCCCUCAGUUGCCUGGGUUUAUUACUCUGCCCCUUGCAGACUUGGAAUUACAUUGCAUAGUAACAUUUUGCUUUGAAGAAAUGAGCUCCAGGGUGACCACUUUGACUUGUGUAGAAUAAUUGACUGCAGAGAUUAAUUUCCGAAGCAUUGUAUUGAUAUGAUAGAAGUUUAAUUUGUUAACAGCCCCGACGCCCAUGUUCUCUAAUGCACCAUUUAAAAAAUUCACUCAUUCUUCUUAAAAAUUCUGCAGAGAUUAAUUGUCAUGGCAAAAUGAGAAUGACAUCUCUGUUCUUAUUUAAGUAUAGCGCAAGGUAUGUUUUUAAAAAAGACACAUCUCUUUUUAUACAUACCUUAACUUGCAGUUGAAUUUUGUCCCCCAUCAAGUAAGAUUCUGCAUCUGUGAAUGACAGUUAAAACCUCAUUUUUCUUCCCUCUGACCUUUGUUGAAGCAUCUUUAGCAGUGAUUUAGUCCACUCAACAAGCUUUUGCACACUUGGAUUUGGGAAUGCCCUGCCAUUCUGUCUAGAACAUCCAGAAACUCAACCUGCCACAUUGGAUGGAUAGUCUCUAAACUAGUGAUUUAAAUUUUUGCUCUGCAAUAAAUUGACAAAUGUGGGGCCUUCCAUGCCUAUGUACCUUUACUUGGGUCCAAUCCCUGGAGUUUACCACAAGUGAUUUCCAAACUAGAAAUAAUGAAUAUAGAGUGGGAUGCACCAGAGCUACACUUUAAGUGUCACACAGUAAAGAAAACGUCUGUGUGACAGGUUUUUAUUUUUAAUAAGUGCAACAUUUUUUUUUUGAAAGUCUUGCUUUCACUUUAUGGUUCUUGGAUGCUGAGUGUUACUUGAUGUGUAAAACAAAACAAGUGGCAUUAUGCUGCAUCAUCACAAAUGAUGAAAAAUUUGAAAGGGGCUGAAAUAUUUCUAAAUGCAGUGUGAACUUGAGUUUUCCCCAAUUGAAUGAUACUAGUUUUUUUUCUGACUUAUUUAUUAGCAAAUAAAGGACUGUUUUGGAACAGCA